GACGGGGUCGGGAGGGGCCCGGGCGGCGGGGAGCUGGUCGCCGAGAGCCGGGGUGCGGGUUCCGGAGCAGCGGCCCCCCCACCUCCCCGCGCCAGCCUCUGCUCCGCUCGUCGGCCGGGGCUCCCGCCUCCGAGCGCCGCCACCCGCGGCCGUCGCCCGCGCAGCCCCGAGGGCCCCUCGCCUCUGCUGCACGUGCCGCGCCCCGUCCGGCCGCCGCGAUGAGCGAGCUUAAUACCAAAACGUCCCCAGCAACCAACCAGGCACCUGGCCCAGAGGAAAAGGGGAAGGCCAACAGUGCCAAGAAGGCUGAGGAGGAAGAGGAGAUUGAUAUUGAUCUGACAGCACCGGAAACAGAGAAGGCCGCCCUUGCCAUUCAGGCCAUCGCCGCAGUGGAAGCACGAGGAACAUGGGGAAGAUGGAGAACCCAGUUGGCAGCCACCUGCCUGAGGUGGACCGGUUUCUCCUCGGGAUAAGCCUCCUUCGUCGGUACCUGUGCCUCGCCUGUGAGAUGGAGGGGCAAGAGGCUUUGAGGCUGAGACAGGGGCCCCCGCCAGCGUGGGAGGGAGGGGAAAGCCUUCAGAGCAGGGCGCCGAGGGGGGGCACCAGCACGGUUCUGCCAGCUACAACAUUCACACUUCAGGUAACGGGUUUUGCCGCUCACAUCCUUCUGGGCCACCGCAUCCACCCACCCUCUUAGGAGCUGGGUGACAGUGGGGACUGGAGCCCCCCCCCCCCCAGGGGGACCCAAAUCAAGUACCUUCCACGUUAUUGCAUGCCGAGUAGAGGAGUUCCCAGGAAGGGACCCUUCAUCAUCCAGUCUGCGACCAUAAGAGGCAGAGGCAGAGCGGGUUCAGAGGGUCAAGGGCAGGGAGACGGGACUAGAGCCGAUCUGGAGAGGACAGGAGCGUGGGGGAGGGGGGCCUUCUGGAGACUACUGCUGGUAGAUGUGUACCCAGAUGAAGGAUUUCCGGGACUUUGCUAACCUGCCUACCUCUAACCUCCCACAUCUGGCCAUCCCUGAAGGCGGCCAAACCAAGUGACCCCUGGAGUCCCCACCUACCCCGCCGUGGAGUCCGAGCGGAAGUGACAUAGCUCCUCUGUGUGAUUUUAGCAUGUUUAAUGAUGAUUAAAGAAAAAAACAAACCCUCCAGUGGGGUCAUUCGA